AUGAUGCACGAGGUGUCUCUAACCGCUAGCGCGGACGAGGACUGGCGCUCGGGCGCCGCCGCCAUCCUGGACAGCUACGAGGACGCCAUGUGGGACGAGAUGCGCCAGCAGGAGGAGGCCGUGAGCGGCGCCAGCCCCGUCAAGAGCCCCGCCGAGUUCGUCCACACGCUCGACCCGAGCGACGGCAAGAGCCCCGUUCGGGGCGAUGACAUUUUAAGUGGCGGUAGUGUUAACGCAGGGUUCGGUUUCCCAAGUACCUUGGACGCAGUAUGGGCCGCGGGCGUCGCCAGCCAGCCUGUUGCCGCCAAAGGUUCGAAAAAGUCGGCAAAAGGCAACUCGGCAAAUGCAACUCGGCCUCUAACCUGGGCCAGUGUUGCCCCCGAGCAAGUGCUGGACUGCGCGCAACUGCCUAACGCGGGGGCGAUGCAACUGCGGCGGCAGAAGAACCGCGACUGUAUGCGGCGCGCGAGGCAACGGCAACGAGAGGAGCUCAAGGAGAUGAAGAGCACCAUCGCCAGGCUGGAGAAGCAAUACGCCGACAUGUGUCUCCGCGCGUCCGCCACCACCGACGACGUGAACUCUCUAACCGUCAGCAACAGCAACUGCAACAAACUGGCAACAAAUUAUACGCAAGUGGUGGAUCUCGUGAAAAGACUCGGCGCGGAGAAUUUGUAUCUAAAGGCGGAGAUCCAGCAACAGGCAGCGUGGAAGUUGCACUUGUACCGGAUUUUAGAGAGUCGACCGGAAAUGGACGGACCCAGGUGGGCGCAGCAGUUCCAGCAGCCCGCGUUAGGUGGAGCCGAGGCGCUGCAAAUGCAACUCGACCGACUGGACGAGUUCGAGGCUGCGCAAGUGUUUGGCUUCCACCCGUUGACCGAGUUAGAUCUAACCCGCGUCAUUCUCGACAAUAACCGGACCAUGGGUCGCGUGCAGAGCAGGUUGUUGCUGCCGUCCAGUCUUGCGGGUGAAGGGCGGUUUAAACCGCGGAGGAUGCAAAUGUUCGGCUGGGACGUGGUGCAAAAAGUGGAGGGGAGUGUCAUGGAGUGCGUCUUCACCAAGAAGUUUAAGGGGUUGAAUGUUGCCGAGCUCAUGCAAAAGACGUGGGCGAACGAUAUGAGACUCGACCGGUUCAAGAAGGUCAAGUGUGAGACGAGCCGCCUCGAAGUGCUGCAACAGAUUAACCCGAACGCCUAUGUGCUAGGGAGGGAUGUCAUCUCCCCCACAGACGACAUCUCGACGUUCCGCUCGGUCUUCGUACGGUUUUUAAUCGAAACCAGCAGGAAAAUCCCCGCGUCCUCCGAGUCAAUGGUCACGCCAACGUACGUGGACGCAAGUUGCCCGUCGACUCCUCCGUUAUCUCCAGGGUCGGACUCGGAGACCGACGAGCCCAUGCUGGAGGCCACCGGAUACGUGCUCGGAACGCAGAGUGUGGACAUCGAUGGGUCGCAUCUACAGGACGACUCGGAUGAGAAGCUGGCGUGGGCGCACUUGUCACUGUCGAUCGAGUUCCUCAACGUGGUGAACCCGGCUACAGGCGAAGAGUACCAGCAGUUGCGCUGGACGGGCCGCACGGACUACCGCGGGGAGGAACACGCACAUCGUAACGCUGCCGACACGCUGCAAGGAAUGCUACGCUGGGAGCUGCUGACCAUCGCGCCGGCGCUGAACCUCGUGUCGCUCUCGUUGGAGUAA